CCAAUGGGUGGCAGCGCGUGCGGCAGCGGGGAAGAGGCUGGGAGGAGGUGCCGCGCGCAGGGAAGAUGGCGGAGGAGGAGAAGCUGCCUGCGGGCUGGGAGAAGCGCAUGAGCCGCAGCUCAGGCCGUGUGUAUUACUUCAACCACAUUACGAAUGCCAGCCAAUGGGAGCGCCCCAGCGGAGGUGGGAAAAAUGGCCAGGGGGAGCCGGCCAAAGUGCGCUGCUCACAUCUUUUGGUGAAACACAACCAGUCCAGAAGGCCCUCAUCAUGGAGGCAGGAAAAGAUCACACGGACCAAAGAUGAGGCACUGGAGCUUAUAAAUGGCUACAUCCAGAAGAUUAAAUCGGGAGAAGAGGACUUUGAAUCUCUGGCUUCCCAAUUCAGCGACUGCAGCUCAGCAAAAGCCGGAGGUGACCUGGGUGCUUUUGGGAGAGUCAUAGGAGCUGGAAACAAGACCCAAAAGAGCAGAGUCUAAGGAGAGCUGUCUACAGACUGAAAUGGUCAGAUGCAGAAACCUUUUGAAGAUGCCUCAUUUGCGCUGAGGCCUGGCGAGAUGAGCGGACCAGUUUUCACAGAUUCAGGGAUCCACAUCAUCCUCCGCACAGAAUGAAGUGCCUUGGUGACAAUGUAGAAAGGAAAGGGCGAGGGGAAGAAAGGAAAAAUCUACGCCAACCCUGCACUCUCCCGAACGAACUUCAUAUACAGUUUAAAAAAAAAAAAAAAGCUCAUUUCAUAUCUCAAUACCUUCUGUGGCACCUGACACAAUGUUUUCCACCUGUAGAGAUGCAUGGUUAGCCAAGGAUGAUAAUGCAAUCAAAAUAAGACAGUAGCAUCUUUCAUAAGCAGAGAGAAUGUUAAAAUUUUCUGGCAUGCCACAGCUGCUUGAGUUUUUUAUUGACAAUUCCUCAGUUUAGGAGAUGUGUCAAUGCUAAAGGUCACACUUCAAUGCUUCUCACAUCCACCUUAUUAAAGAUACAGAGUAUUUAUUACAGUACUGCACUGAUGGUGGCAAAAUUGACUUGUGAGCUCUGGUGUUACGAUGGAAUGAAAUCCCCACCCAGCUUCCCUGCACAUUUGUUUAAAAAAAAAAUCCAGAAGAAAUGGCAUUUGGUCUGCAGCCAGCUCAUUUGUUCGCAGAACCGAUCUGUUAAAGUUAUUUAAAAAUUGACCUUAAGACACCAAGCAAAGAGCUAGGCUGGUCCAGUUCAGCCAGUCUCUUGUGCCUGCCUGUAGCUACUCUUCAUUCAGCUGUCCGUAUGUCCUGCCGCACGAUGGUACCUGGAGCUCCCUCCACCUCUGCCAUUUCGUUGACUUAAAACUUGAAGAUGCCUUUUGGUUGUAAGGAUAAACAGAAGAGGUUAUUGGACAGUAGUUGCAGUGUAGGAAGGUCUCUAGCCAGUUAAACUGUGUAGAGGUAUGUAGAAUGCUGUGUGUUAAUCAUCCCAGCAUGAGAUCACUCCAUCAUUGAGGUAUGAGUGCCAUUCUGUAGGAGGGACUGUAAUACAGGAUUCCAGUCUAGAGAGAAGGCUGUUUUCCUCAAGCUUCUUUUUAUCCACUUGUGGUUAAACACUGUAAGUCAUUGUUUCCAGUUACGUUGCAUUGCUUAUGUUUAGUAAAAUAACAGAAAAAAAUCCCAGCUUUGGUCCAGUGCAAACAAGCUAUAUAGUUCCAAUUCUCUUAAGCAGAAAAUAAAGCCCUCUCCAAUUAAACAUUUCAGAUGCUCUGG